AUGCAGAGCGUACCAGACGAGCGGAGGGAUGAGAGGGAAAGAGGACGAGGAGGUGAUGAGGAGAUGUUAAUCAAGAAGAGAGGGGACCCAAAGAUAAAGAAUGGAGGCGCAGGAGCUGAAGAGGUGGAGAAGGAGUCUCUCAUGAUGGAGCUGACGAGGCUGGUUCAGAAGGUGGUGAAGGAGAGCAGCUGGUGGGAGAGGAGGGGGGUCGAUUGCAGUAUCCUGGCAGCAGCGUUCCUCUGUCUGCCACCUGCCUUCCUGCUGCUGGGCUCCUCGAGGCUUCUGGGGUUUUCUGCAGGCGUGCUGCUGAUGGGCGUGGCUCACGCUGUCAUCACCGUCAAGGGGACACAUCUGGCCAGCCACGGGGCGCUGAGCGAGUCGCAGGCCUGGGGAAGGAUCUGGGCCGUCUUUUUCAUCGAGAUCUGUGGCUCAUUCUCAGCCCGAGCCGGCAUUCGGGGCCACAUUAAGAUGCAUCACGCUCACACUAAUGUCAUUGGAUUGGGUGACUCCAGCGUGUGGAAGGUGCCCUUCCUGCCUCGCAUCAUCUACCUGUUCAUAGCCCCCCUGGCCGUGCCCAUCAUCACUCCGCUUGUUGCGCUCGCUCAGCUCAAAGGACACUCUUUGGCCCACAUCCUUAGGACCGUCCUGAUGGUAACCCUGGGCCUGUAUUCACAGUACUGGCUGCUCAUUAAUGUCUCCGGGUUCACGUCACCUUACGGGGCCUUGCUGUGUAUGCUCGUGUGCAGGGCGAUGUUCUCCGUGCCGUAUAUCCACGUCAACAUCUUCCAGCAUAUCGGUCUGCCGAUGUUUUCUCCAACUCGCCGACCAAAGAGGAUUCACCAGAUGACCCACGGAGUCCUGAACCUGCCGCGAAACCCUCUGCUGGACUGGAUCUUUGGACACUCGCUAAUCAACUGUCACGUGGAGCACCAUCUCUUCCCCUUCCUGUCAGACAACAUGUGUUUAAAGGUAAAACCUGUUGUGUCCAAAUACCUGACCGAAAAGCAGCUUCCAUAUCAGGAGGACACCUACUUGUCCCGCCUGCACCUGUUCUUCCACAAAUACCAGGAACUGAUGGUGUUUGCCCCGCCCAUCACAGAGCUGGUGGGGGUGCAGUGACAGAGAGAGGGCGAGAAGAAGAAAAAACCUGUUCGGACUAAUGACGUCAGCCGCUCAAAAGCACAAGCAUUUCUGCUGCCACAGUUUGAACCUCUAACACACGGAAUAGGUCCUGAAUCGAUGCGUAGAUUCUAAUAUUAGGAAAUUAACCCCACGUCCUAACGAUCUGAAUGAAUAUCCUACACCUUUAGACACAUUUAACACAAAGAAGAAUCAAACACUGGCCUGACUGUGGACACUUGGAGCUGGAUUAAACAAAGCUGUGAAGCUGACCGGGGGCCUGCCUCAUAAACAAAUACAACAAAGUGAGCAUUGUGUGAAGAAAUGGUCCUGCUUUGGAAAUCUGAGAAAACCCGAGUACUUUGGCAAGAAAUAGCUCAAAAAUAAGGUUUCCAAAAGUAGUAUAGAGGAAAAUACUACUUUUGGAAACGUCAGUGGAGGGGUGACGACCAUUUGUGUUUAAAAAAAAAAAAAAAAAAAAAAAAAAAAAAAAAAAAAAGACGUGACAAGAAAUAACACAUUUAAUCUAAUAUUUAGGCUAUUUAACCCAGUGUGCAACUCCUUGGUGUAAAAGAGACCCGAGGGAAACAGAAGCAAAAAAAAAA